AUGGCCUUAGCUGUCGUCACCUCGGCCAGAAAACUGCGACCCUACUUUCAGUCGCACACGAUUGAAGUACUGUCCAACCAACCACUCCGAACGGUUAUGCAGAAUACUAACCAGUCAGGACGGUUGACUAAAUGGGCGAUGGAGCUGAGCGAACAUGACAUCGUGUACAAGAAUCGCACAGCAACUAAGUCACAGGUCCUUGCCGACUUCUUGAUCGAGUUAACGCCAGAGCUGGAGCAAGACCUCAUCCUACCAACGUCAAACAACGAAGCUGAGUACGAAUCCCUCAUCGCAGGGCUCCGGCUCGCCAAGGCAGUAAAAGCCAAAAGAAUCAGCGCUUACUGCGACUCUCAACUUGUCGUUCCUCGCGGAGAAAAUGUCUGUGCCGACGCCCUUGCCGCUCUAGGAAGCAAGCUACACGACCAAGUCAAGAGGACAAUCCCAAUCCACAAAAUUGAGAAACCGAGCAUCGACACGAAGGCAGAACAGGCUGCGAUUGCAGCAGCGAUCAGCGAAGCGAUGGACAUCGACGAAGCAGAAUCUCCUUCGCAAGAUGAUCAGCCAACAGAUUGGCGCAAGGAACUCAUCGAUUAUCUCGCUGAAGAUUUAUUGCCCGCCGAGAAAUGGGACGCGCGGCGACUGAAGCGACGUAGCGCACACUACGUUUUCAUGGACGGGGAACUACACCGAUGGACUGCAACAAAGGUACUACUCAAAUGUAUCGCCAGCGAAGAAACGAGACUCGUCAUGGCCGAAACACACGAAGGAGCAGCAGGCAAUCACUCGGGCGGGCAAGCUCUCGCAUUAAAAGUAAAGAACCUCGGAUUCUAUUGGCCAACCAUGAACGCCGACUGCGAGACAUACGCGCGCAAAUGCGAUAAAUGCCAACGUCACGCCACCACCAUACACAGCCCCACGGAGUUUCUUCACACCCUGACUGCUCCAUACCCAUUUAUGCGAUGGGGAAUGGACAUCAUCGGUCCGAUGCCGGCAUCUCGACAAAAGAAGUUCAUCCUGGUCCUCACAGAUUACUUCACCAAGUGGGUUGAAGCCGAAGCCUAUGCCAGCAUCACCGACAAGGAGAACAACUCCUCGCGGAGCGACGAAGACUACACCCUUCUCGAUGGCCUACGGCUUCGAGGCAAUGGCUCCCGCAGAAGUGAACGUGACGAGUCUGCGCCGAUCGCGAAUGCCACAAAACCCGAACUCAACCGUGACAUGCUGCUUGAUGCACUUGACGACAUCGAGAAAAAGCGCCACCAAGCAUUACUCCGUAUCCAGAAUUACCAGCAUCAAAUCGAGAGCUACUACAACAAAAAGGUCAAAUCGCGUCCCCUCGAAAUGGGCAACCUUGUCUUAAGAAAGGUCUUUGAAAAUACUAAGGAGUGGAAUCGAUCUCCGAAGCAGACGAUCACUUAA